AUGGAGGAAUUCUCUACUCUCAAACCACUCGACGCAUCACUGAUGGAGGAAACUACCACCACCACCACUAGGCAGUCACAUCACCCAGCGUCAAUGAUUCAUGUUCCGUUUGAUGUCGUCGUUGAAAUCCUUUGUAGGCUCCCGGUCAAGUUCCUCCUUCAAUUCUGUUGCGUCUGCAAGUCAUGGAAUUCUCUAAUAUCGAAUGAUCCCAAUUUUGUCAAGAAACACCUUCGCGCCUCAGCAGCCAAAGGAAAACACCUCAUCACAAUCACAUGGUCGCCAAGAAAAGAGCUUGCUGCAAUGUCUUACUCACUUGACACCGAUCCACUCCACUCUAUUUUCACUACUAAGGUCACACAACUCAACCUCCCUCCCAUGAAUACAAAAAAAUUAAAGGAGUUACCCUCAUUACAAAUUCCAUCAGGAGAACAUGGUAAAACUAUAUAUGCAUUUGGCUACGAUCCUUCCGUUGAUAAUUACAAAGUUGUGGCUGUUUUUUGUUAUGAUUAUCAUUCUGAUGUUAGAAAAACUCAAGUUCAAGUUCAUACUUUGGGCACCGAGUUUUGGAAAAGGAUUAAUGGCUUUCCUUCUAUUAGUUCAUACUCAAAUUCAAGUUCAUACUCUGGACACCAAUCCAUUCAUGGAAGAUAUCAACAUGGGAUAUUUGUGGGUGGCACGGUUAAUUGGUUGUCAUUCCAUAACUUGAAUGGCUUGUAUGCCAUUGUUUCUCUUCAUUUAGGGAAAGAAUCUUAUGAAGAAAUUUCGCAUCCUGAUCAUGGGAAUUUUGAGAAAUUGAACUUGGGUGUGAUGAGAGAUUGUUUGUGCAUAUUUUCUUAUUCUCACCCAUUUUAUGAUGUUUGGCUAAUGACGGAAUACGGAAAUAAAGAAUCUUGGGUUAAAUUGAUUCAUCUUCCUUACUUUGGUGGUGGUUACCUUUUUACCAAGAUAUUAUAUAUUUAUGAGGACGACAACGAUGUGUUGCUCGUCUUCAGAGAGAAGGAUAAAUUGAAGUCUGUUGUGUAUGAUUGCAAAAAUGAUACUAUAAAGAGUUCCAAGAUUGAAGAUUUGAGUUUGGUAGAAUCAAAUGUCUACGUUGAAAGUUUGAUAUAA